AUGGUACUACUACAUACUUCUGACAGCUUCUUCCAGAAACAGCUGAUCGUCGGAACGCUCAUAGCUCGUCUACUGCCAUCUCAAGAAGGACGAGUUGUUCUACUCGCAGUUCUUGAGCAGCUACAGUUUCAUGAACCAAUAAAAAACAUCAACAACUUUUCAAUUAUUCUUUGAUUCAGCAGAGAACCCUCCCUAUAGACUGAACGAUAUUAUGGAACUUCUUCGAAUCCGAACUCCUUUGCUCAAGAUUCAAGAAAAACCAACAACUGGAGGGACGUUUUUACGACGUCCUCUGACAGUCCUUCCAUCUUCUCUUCUUCUUUUUCCUCCUCCAACAAGAACUCUCUGCCGUGGCCCAAGCCAAGCAGCAAGACGGUCGUAAAUAAGUCGCCGUGCGGAACGUCGCCGGUUCGAUAG